AUGCAAACUUCCACCCAACUACCAUGUCUAUCUGCAGUUGAUGAUGCAGAUGGUUUCGCAUCCCUCGAUUCUGCUCACCAGUUUGGCGCUCCCUUUCUGGACGAGCUUCCUCAAGUCACAGGACACUCUCGACCAAAUGCAGUACUUGGAGCCGCUGUUGGUCGAACUUCUCAAGGUGUCACUCACCAAGAUUCUCAAGGUUGGCGACCCCAAGCUCGGCAAUGA